AUGAAUCUCAACGAGAGGCUGAGCUCCGUGCUGGAGUACGUGCGGGACGGCAGGGACCCAUACGUGCGCCUGGUACGCGCGGCCAUGAAGGUGGACCGGCGUUCAGUGCCGUUCUACCAGAUGGAGGAGGUGCGGGAGGCGACCUUUCAGUCUGACCACGCCUGCGAGAUGAUCAUGAAAGCCCUCGCGCCGAGCCUGGAGGAGCGGGAGACGUCGGUGACGGUGAGUAAGGCCCUCUACAUCCUUCGUGUGUUGUUUCUUGAGGGCGCCAACGGUAUCCGUGUCCGUGUGGCGCAGCUGCGGGGCAGCCUGCACCGCCUUGCACACAUGCAGGAGGCGCGCCAGGACACGCUGGAGGCGGCAAACCGGGACACCGCCCGUGCCCUGCUCCAAGCGGUGGACGGAAACAGCGAGGCGCUCACGUCGCUGCUGGCGCCGCAUGUGGGCGGGACGGCGGAGGCGGAAACGACGUCACCACAGUCGUACAAGAGCGAGUUUGAGGCAAUGCAUGAGAAAGAGCAACGACUGUACCGGCGGCGGUGCGAGGAGGAGAAGCGGCAGUCGGUGCUUACAGUGCGGGAGCGUGUCUACGGCACCUUUGACGGCGGCCUGUCGCCCGACAAGCUUGCCGAGCAGGUCGUAGUGAGUCCGAAGAAGCGGUUUGCGCCGACGGAGCUGGACUCCUUUGUGGCCGCGGCGAUGGCCACAGGGAGGGUGCCAGAGGUGUGCGCCGCCCUCGAUCAGCAGCUACAGAGCCGCCGACAAACACUGCAGAACAGGUACAAGGUCCUUCUCGUGGUGGAGGCACUCGUCAUAGGCGGCGGCAGCGGCGUGAGGGAGGCCCAGGAGUAUUAUCGGGAGAACAGCGAGGGCCUUCGUCGUCAUCUGACCGUGAACAACGCCGAAAACCCCAUCAAGUCAGAGGCAGCGCAAGCUACAGCGCGUCGCAUUGUACAGGCGUUGCAGGAACCGGCGUUGGUCACCACGGCGCAGGCACCAAUGGCACCAUCACGGCACGGUGGUGCCCUGAAGCAGCCCACGCCGUCACAGCUUGACGAUCUCUUUUCAGAUGUCUCGGUGAGGAGACCACCGACGGCGUCCACGUCGCAACAGGUGUCUGCUGCUGCGUUUAUUGAGAGAUGUUUGCCCCCCCGCAAGGCAAUCCCUCCCUGCCGCCGCCACAGUCCUUUGGCUGGCAGCAUCAGCAACAGGUGGAGAAGCCGCAGAAACAAGUGGAGCCCAUGGCUCCAAUUUUAG